AUGGCGAAGGUUUUUGUGAAGCUGGAUUUUUUGCAAGUACAUCGAGUACCCCAUUAUCAGAAAAACUUCACAGGUCCAGUUCUAAUGAUAGGUACACCUGGCAGAGAUUUUAGUAGAGGAGGAGUGUUCUAUUACAAUCCAUUGGAUACGCUUAAUGAUACUUUUAUUCAGUCAACUCUGUCUCUGGGACGAAGUGUCUCCUUUUAUUCCAAUUCAAAUUCAACUGUUCCAUUGGAUAGUAGCUUAGUAGGACAAGCACCUACUGUUAGGCCAUCAAGUAAUGUAGGAUAUCUAUCAGGUCCUAUUAAUAUACCAACUGAAAGUUUUUCAUACUAUGGCUUUGCUCUUACUAGUGGUUUCUUAACCAAUCAAACAGUCAAAGAUGUAGUUGUAUCAGCUCCCAAGUAUAAUCAGACUACACAAGUUGGGAGGGUUUAUAUUGUUACUAAUGCUUCUAAAGUUCCAACAUUAUUCAUUGACGGAGAUCAGUUUGGUGAGCAGUUUGGAUACUCAAUUGCAACAACAGAUCUUAAUGGAGAUGGUUGGGAUGAUAUUUUGGUAGGUGCUCCAUUUUACAUUGACACAACUACACGGCAUUUUGAGUCUGGCCGAGUAGCUAUUUAUAGAAAUGAUGGAACAGGUACUGGUAAUUUUGAGUACAGUGGAUCAGUGCUAGGUCAGACUAACUUUGGUCGUUUUGGAAUGUCCCUAGCAACACUUGGUGACAUUAAUAAUGAUGGAUACAAUGAUUUUGCAGUAGGUGCUCCAUUUGAUGGUGAUGGUGUUGUUUAUAUUUAUUAUGGACAAAAUGUGAAUGGAUCUAUUGUUAAUACCACCAUACAACAAGUGAUAAAUGGUACAAAAGUUGCAGGUCAAGUCACUAAUCUUACUUCAGUCAGUUCAUUUGGGUUCUCUCUCUGUGGUAGCACUGAUAUUGAUCAAAAUGAGUAUAGAGAUUUGGUAGUUGGUGCUUUUGAGUCACAGAGUGUAUUUAUAUUACGUACUAUACCAGUUGCUGUAGCUAAUAUCAGUUUCAAUAUUAAU